UUCAUUGUGGCAAUGCGAAAAAAGGAGGGAAAACGUUCAGUUUAAAGAAAACGGGUGGAUAGGAGCCCGCCACUUUUUUAAAUGCAUACAGCUUAAAAAAAGGGGACAAAAACAGUUUCAUUAACGAGUUCCCGUCGUAAAAGUUUUGCCCGACCUCGCAUAAAAUUAAAAUGGCAUUUUUCUUAUUGGAGAAAUGUGUUUAUGAUUAUAAAAAUUAUUUGCUUUUUACUUGACUUACACAGUCAAAUUCACAUAGAUAUUUACAUUACAAUGCGUUUUUUAAGUAACACCCCAUAUGUGUGUGUAUAUAUAGGUGUGUUUGUAUUUUAUCUUUUUUUUAAAUCAUGAUUUAAUCAUUAAAUUCUAAAACAAACAUAAAACUAUAGCAGCAUUUCCUUUUGCACAUUCAUUUUUUUUUAAGUUUAUAGAUUAUGAAAUAAUUCUUUUUUCUGUUCAUGCUGUCUUAGCGGAACUCCCUAUUCUUUGAUCGAGAACUACCAGUCGGACGUAUUAUUGCGUGACACCUGUGGUGAGUUUCUGGACACGGUUUUAGUGUGUUUUUACGGGUUAAAUUAAAGAUCUAUAAUGAUUUAAAACACACAUACAAAAUCUAAAGAAAUAAGUGUGUUUUGAUGAAAGCUGUACUGAACAAAAUAUUCGAGUAAAUCAACGCUUUAAGGCGAAAAUAGAGCAAUCAUGGAGGGAAACGUGACGGACCAAAAGCUACUGUUUUUAGAUAUUGAAGCAAAAUCAGACAGCACCUCCCCUGUCAAAAGUGGGGCUUCGAAUCCCCUCUGGACUCGCAGUGACAACUCCUUCAAAUUCAACUUCUUCAGUGACAGUUCUUCAGGAUCUCAGGUGAAGACACCUCCAUCAGACGGGAAUAAAGAAGCAUUAGGCCGGCCAUCCUUCUCAGGCCAGUGCUCUGAUUUUGCUUUCAACUUUGCAAUCUCCAAGGAGAUGGAUACAAGAGAAACUGCCCACUCCUCUUCCCCAACCAACCAACCACAGGACCAGGAAGAAAAACCUUCACUUUUUCAUAAUGCUAGCACUCAAUCUGAAGCGUCUGCACAACCGAAAACAAAAAAAAAGACGAAAAAGAAAUCUGGAACAAAAGAGCAACCUGCUAAAGAUCAAAAGAAGGAGGCUGAUUAUGGGACACGAGAAGAAGAAGAAGAAGAAGAGCUGGGAACUGAAGAAAAACUGAACAGACAACUGGACUGGUGUAUCGAGCAGCUGGAACUGGGGCUGAAGUGCCAGAAGGGAACUACUAAACAAAAAGAAGAAGCAUCUCGCGCCCUGAAAACUCUGCGCAGCUCUAAAGCUCCUCUGGCUAAAAAGAGGCAGGUGAUGAGAGCCAUGACUGGAGACUACAGGAAAAAAAUGGAGGAAGAGAGGACAAGGCAGUUCAAGCUCAUUCAGGGAGAGAUUGCAUCAGCUCAGGUCAAAGUUGCAUCAGAGGCCCCAAAGAAAUCUGUUUUCCAUAGAAGAGCAGGAGUCAAAACACAGAAACUGUCAACAGAUGAGAACCUGCAUCAGCGUGAAGGCCAGGAUGAUGCAACACCACAGUGUCACACAGAGACGUCAUCUUUUCUCUUUGUUCCUUCAAAGGAGGAAUUUUGUUUCAAUUUUUUCUGAUAUUUUUUUUUUCUUUUUGUUUUGCACUCUGUGACUUUUCUCAAAACUCUUGUUAUGUAACACCCAAACAGUAAAGCUUUCCUCAGGAUAUUUUUUAUCAAGAAAAGCUUGCCUCAAGAUAUUUUUGUCAAAAUGCAAGAAAAUUACAAAGUAAAUACAUUUAGCAUAUCAGAGCAGGAGUUUGCUCUAACUUAAUAUCUACUUUGUUGUUUUGUUGAACCUAUCUAAAGAAAAAAACUAAUUUAAGGAUGUCUUAUGAGGUGACUUAAGCAUUGUCACAUCACAAGACAUCCUUAAAUCAGGUGACUCAAUGCAUGAGUCACCUGAUUUAAGGAUGUCUUGUGAUUAAAUCCUUAAAUCAGGUGACAUAGUAAAAUUGUGUAGUGUACAAAUAUGAAACUGAACAUUCAAAUGUUUUCAUUGUUAUUUUGAAGUUCUUUAUUUCAAAAUAAAAGUGUUUCAAUUUA